ACAGUGACCCACUUCAUCUCACUGACCCCUCUCUGCCCCACCUCGUCCAUAAUCUGGGACCAUGCCAACACACAGAGAUAGGAAUCUCUCAGGACUGUCAUUGCAGGAGUUUGUGCUAGUGGGGUUUGAGGGUGAGCUGGAGACACGGGCCCUGCUCUUUGCUGUGUUCCUGGCCCUGUAUGUGGUGACCAUGCUGGGAAACCUCACAAUGAUCAUGGUCAUUACAGUGGACACCCGCCUCCACUCCCCCAUGUACUUCUUCCUCAAGAACCUCUCCCUCCUAGACCUCUGCUACUCCUCUGUCAUCGCCCCAAAGGCCCUGGCCAACUUAUUCUCCCCAACCAAGGUCAUCACUUUCACUGGCUGUGCCACCCAGUUCUUCUUCUUCUGCCUGCUGGGUACCACCGAGACUUUCCUCCUGGCCACCAUGGCCUAUGACCGCUUCAUGGCUAUCUGUAGCCCCCUGCGGUACCCGGUCACUAUGUGCCCCUCAGCCUGCACCCACCUGGUGCUGGGCACCUACUGUGGAGGCUGUGUCAACUCCAUUGUGCAGACCAGCCUCACAUUCCGCCUCUCGUUCUGUAGCUCCCAUCUCAUCAACCACUUCUUCUGCGAUGUGCCACCCCUGCUCCAGAUUGCCUGCACCAACACGGCCUUCAAUGAGCUGGUCAUGUUCAGCAUCUGUGGGCUGAUCAUUGUGAGCACCACGCUCGUUGUCCUCAUCUCCUAUGGCUACAUCACAGUGACCAUCCUGAGGAUGCACUCAGGAACUGGGAGACACAAGGUCUUCUCCACCUGUGGCUCCCACAUGAUUGCAGUGUCCCUAUUUUAUGGGACCAUCUUUGUCAUGUACACCCAGCCAGAGGCUGUGGAGUCCAUGGAACAGGGCAAGGUGGUCUCCAUCUUCUACACCCUGGUCAUUCCCAUGCUCAACCCCCUCAUCUACAGUCUACGGAACAAGGAUGUUAAGGAGGCCCUAUGGAGGCUGGGCCGAAAACACGCAACCACAUAA